AUGGAAGCAAUGAAAAAGAGACACCUGAAAGUGGUUCAGGAACUGGAAGAGACCUUUCAGAUCACAGCACAGGAGUCCCAGGACUUGACGGCACAAAUUGAGCAUUUGCAGGAGGAGCAGAGAGCUGAGAGGAGGAGGAGCAGUGAGGAAGCCCUGCAGUGGCACAGAGAAAAGACUAAAAUGCUGGAACUGUUCUCCAACAGGCUGGACGUCAUGCACGGCCAUCAGACUUCCACAUUACAAGAGCUGCAAAUGGCCAGGCAAGAGAUUGGGAAAGUCCAAGAAAUGUUGACUGUAUCACAACAGGAGCAGCAGGAAGCUGCAGAGGAAGAAAAAAACUCUGAAAACAAAGAGCUCACAGCCGAACAAAAAAAUGAGGCCUGCAAUGACCCCAAUCACCCACUGGAGGGCGCUAAUGCCCGUCUAGAGGAGCUGAAGGAGAGCUUGUUCCAGAGGGAGAGGGAGAUCACUGAGCUGCUGGAAAUGCAGAAAAGCCCCAUCCCUCCUGUCCCACAGCCACCCUGCAGAGUUCUCCUCCCCACUGUCAUACACAAGGCUCAUGAAAUCUGUACUGCAGUGGCUGAAACCCGAGCUCUUCUGGACCAAAUGAUCAAGCAUAAUUGGGUGGCUCUGGCUGAAGCCAGAGACAAACUGAACUCUCUGCAGAAUGCUAAAGAAAGCAGCCGUGAUGGAGGAGAAGCUACUGACCAGGAGUGGUCAGAUGACAACGAAUCAAGUCUGUCUGUUCUGCAAGAAACCUUGAGGGAGUUUGAGGUCUGUCAAAUUGCUUUAGAAUGCAUCAAAUCUGGAGAAAGCCCUGCAAUAAAUGACUGUGAAAUCUCAGAGUUGGAGGACAUCCUUGGACAAGGGACUGUCCUAAAUGCAGGUGGAGUAAAGAAAUUCGGCCAGCAGCUUCUCUUGCUGCAGGACCAGCUAAAGCAAGAAAAAGAAGAGAAAAAGAAAAUAAUUGAAAACUAUACUUCAGAAAGGACAAUGAGGAAGAAAUAUUAUAAUAUGGUGGAAGACAUGAAAGGUAAAAUUAGAGUGUUUUGUCGAGUUCGUCCGGUGAACAGAAGCGAAACCACACAAGGUGGGGCCAUUGUUGUGGAUAAAUUAGAUGAUUAUUCUGUCACAGUAGAAACUCCUCGUGGACUCAGGGAGUUUCAGUUUGACAAGGUGUUCAAUGCUGAAGCAUGUCAGGAGGAAUUGUUUCAAGACAGCUACAGGCUGAUCCAGUCGGUUAUCGAUGGAUACAACGUCUGUAUCUUUGCAUAUGGCCAGACGGGCUCAGGAAAGACCUUCACCAUGGUGGGAGACAAGGAUCAGAAGAACCCAGGGAUAAUGCCCAGAUCUUUCAACGCCAUAUUCGAUAUAAUACGAGAGAACAGAGCUAAGUUUGACUUCAAGGUCUCAGCCUACAUGCUGGAGCUGUACAACGACAGACUGCAGGACCUCUUAGUGAGCCAAGUUGGUGAGGUUCAUUCACAGACUAAGUCCAAUAGUCAGGCAAGGCGGGUGGAGAUCAAAAGGAACAGAAAGGGGGUUGUGUUUGCCCAAGGAGCUGAGACAAAGGAGGCUUCCAGUGCUCAGGAGCUUUACGCUCUGUUCCAGCAGGCCUGUACCAAUCGACACAUCUCUGCCACCAAAAUGAAUGUGGAGAGUUCUCGCUCCCAUCUCAUUGUUGGCAUUAUGGUGGAGAGCAGGAAUCUUACUAAUGGGAGUAUAAGCUCUGGCAAGCUGAGCCUUGUGGAUCUGGCAGGCAGUGAAAGGGCAGCCAAGACUGGUGCCAAGGACCACCAGCUCAAGGAGGCAAACUCCAUCAACAAAUCUCUGAGUGCCUUGGGAGAUGUGAUUUCGGCCUUGUCUGCAGAGCUGCCCCAUGUGCCAUACAGAAACAGCAAGCUGACACAGGUGAUGCAGGACUCCUUGGGUGGAAACGCCAAGACCCUCAUGAUUGUCAACAUCUCUCCUUCAGAAUGCAAUAUUGAUGAGACGCUGACAUCUCUCAUUUAUGCAACAAGAGUGAAGGCCAUAACCAACAACGCUCAGAGAAAUGUGGAAAGUAAAGAGAUUGCACAGCUGAAAGAGAUGAUCAUGAAGCUUAAAUCUGGACAAACAGUGGACGAUGGCGAUGUUUGA